GACGUCCCAUAAUGGCGGCCGGCCGAGCCCGCCAGAAGGAGAAGCGGCGGCCCUGAGACGCCGGGACCUUGAAGAUGGUGAGCAGCCAGCCGAAGUACGACCUAAUCCGGGAGGUGGGCCGAGGAAGCUACGGCGUGGUGUAUGAGGCGGUCGUCAGAAAGACCUCCGCCCGGGUGGCCGUGAAGAAAAUCCGCUGCCACGCGCCGGAGAACGUCGAGCUGGCGCUGCGCGAAUUCUGGGCGCUGAGCAGCAUCAAGAGCCAGCACCCCAACGUCAUCCACCUGGAGGAAUGUAUCCUGCAGAAAGACGGGAUGGUGCAGAGGAUGUCUCACGGCUCCAGUUCGUCCCUCUACUUACAGCUCGUAGAGACGUCGCUCAAAGGAGAGAUCGCCUUCGACCCCAGGAGCGCCUACUACUUGUGGUUCGUGAUGGACUUCUGUGACGGAGGGGACAUGAACGAGUUUCUGCUGUCGCGGAAACCCAACCGCAAAACCAACACCAGCUUCAUGCUGCAGCUGAGCAGCGCCCUGGCCUUCCUGCACAGGAACCAGAUCAUCCACCGCGACCUGAAGCCGGACAACAUCCUCAUCUCCCAGAGCCGGGCGGACUCCGGCGACUCGGAGCCGACGCUCAAGGUGGCCGACUUCGGGCUGAGCAAGGUCUGCUCCUCCGCCUCCGGGCAGAACCCGGAGGAGCCGGUCAGCGUGAACAAGUGCUUCCUGUCGACGGCCUGCGGCACGGACUUCUACAUGGCCCCCGAGGUGUGGGAGGGUCACUACACGGCCAAAGCGGACAUCUUCGCCCUGGGGAUCAUCAUCUGGGCCAUGGUGGAGAGGAUCACGUUCGUGGACACCGAGACCAAGAAGGAGCUCCUGGGCAGCUACGUGCGGCAGGGGGGCGAGAUCGUCCCCGUCGGGGAGGCCCUCCUGGAGAACCCCAAGAUGGAGCUGCUCAUCCCCGUCAAGAAGAAAUCGAUGAACGCCCAGAUGAGGCAGCUGAUCAAAGAGAUGCUGGCCGCCAACCCCCAGGACCGGCCGGACGCCUUCGAGCUGGAGCUCCGCCUGGUCCAGAUCGCCUUCAGAGAGAGCGGCUGGGACACGUGACGGCCGGGUCGCGUGACGGUGGAGCUCCCCCGGCCCGGGCCGCUCCGGUCGUGUGUCGUCGGACUCCCCGGCCGGCCGGCCGGCCCCCGUUGAACGGGGCUGACGAGAGGGGUGAGGCCAACCUCCGCCUCCGGAGGGUCGAGUCGGCCCGGCGGCGGGGGGGUCGUUCUCUCUUCCGGUUUUGCUUCCUGAGCUCGUGGCGGACGGUCCACCUGUACAGCUUGGCCGUUCUGGCUUCCGGGACGUCGGCGAGGGAAUCCCCUCCGAAGCGUUCCGCCUGAGGUGUGUAAAUAGAAACCACUCCCGGGAGGCCACCCGAGGAGAGACGGGAGAGCUCCCCCCGCUUCCUGGGAACCCAGCCCGAAGGAUCUUCCUCAUUCCGCCUCCCCGUCCGCUCCCCCCGUGGAAGAGAGGCGCGCGCCGGCCGUGCGGAACGCGGGUCUCCGGGAGACGACAGACCCGCCUGUACAUAUCUGUGGAUAGGUCAGCCCGGGGACGCGGGCCUUGCGCGUUCCCCGGGAAGGAAAUGCCGCUUCUGUUGAAGUCGUUUGCCGCGGUGCCGUGGGGAGGCGUUUGGGAUUGGCCGGUGAAGUCGGGACGGCCCGCCCGCCGUCCGCUAAGUGAAAUCAUCCUGAGUUUUUCUUUUAGAGGCCCGAAGGAUUUUGGAGGGGCCGAAAGGUCCACAUCCCCGGACACAAGUGAACAAGAAAGAGCCGCGAGGUCUCCGGGAGAGUGAGGGAGUUGAAUUUCAGAAUCUGGCGUCCGGGGGAUGAGGGAGGACGGGAGGGGCGCAGAGGGCAGGUAGGAGGCCGGCGAGCUGUUAAUCAUUCAGCCUGACUCUCUUUUGGGCGACCAGGCGCUUAUUUAGACAAUUAGACCCAGAGCCCACCUUCACCGGCGGGCCAGUGAAACCGGAUUGCUGGAAAGCGGUGCCUCCGGGGGAAGCGGAACCCCGAAACGGCCCCGCUCCCUCUCGCCUCCCCCUCCCCGCCCCUUUUCCGUGGUCCCAUCUCUCGUUCCCCCGUCGGGUCUCCCCUUUUCCCACCGGCAGCCGCCGCUCUUGGUGGAACCGGCGAUCGAGGCUUCCCGCCGCCUCCGUCAAGGAGCCCCUUCCCCUAGCCGGGGGCAGCGGGACCCAUCGCUCGAGCGGCAAGCAGCCGACCCCAGCCCGCCGUCCGGUCGACCGACAACGUCGUAAGGGAGCGACUGUUGGGAUCUGGGGGUCACUUUCAUUUUAACUCCGGAAGGAACGGGGUUGGCUCGACGCUAGGCGACUCGCAUCUGUUGAAGGGGAGCCAUCCCAGAGCACACUACUAGUCUUAGGACGGGCCCGGGGGCCUGUCGAUCGUUGUCAGUCUUCGGAAGGCAUCGCCGUCCUCGGAUAAGGAGGUCGUAAAGGGGUUUGUCGGAAGGUGAAAGUGGACUUUAGUUUUGUCUCGUUUUCCCCAUCCUUUCUCAACUUCCAGAAGUUCUUAAGGACUUCCUCCCCAACCACCCAUUUACCCGAAGUGGGCUCUGGCCUUGUGGUUGGAGCAGGGCCCAGGAGCAGACACCAUGGAGCUUUCAGGCAUUUAAGCGCUUCCUUUGUGCAGCGCACUGUACUAAGCACUGGGGCAGAGAAUAUAAGCAGUUCGGACACA